GGGGAAUCCAAGAGUCUCCCACUGAGGGCACCCCCUUUGUGAUUACAGUGCAGCCUCCAACAAUGCUAUUUUGCUGUUAAAAGAUCACUGUAGGACACUAAAGGUUACAACACCAUCAAAACUGUUUCUCCAAUCCAGCCUUUUUUGCCCGUUAAGCUGCUUCCCGGCACUGUGCUCUUUGUACAUUAUCUAGCCAUAAAAAGCCAGGGAGCCCAGUCGACUUUGAACUACAUAUCUGGAGGAGUGAUAUUUGACCCGGUCACCCGGCUAACAGCCUGCAUCAGCCGGGGGAGGACCAGCGCGAACCCGCCGCAGCGUGAACGAUCCGCCACAGCCAGCAGCUCUUGGCUUCCUGUGAUGUGUGCACUUGACUUUAGACACUCUUCAGUCUGCAGCAGAAAACAUGUCUCGUUUCGCCGCUCGUCGUCUCUUCGUAUUAGUCUCUCAGCACGCUGCAGCCCGGUCCACGGUGUUAGCGAGGGGGAUCCCCGUCCUUAUCCGCCCUGUUUGCACAACUCCCGGUAAGUUAAGAGGCACCUUUUUAUUGGUUUACUUCCAAACGAGCGCUUCAGGAUGCAGAGUACCCUACAGCAGUGGUUCUCAACUGGUGGGUCCCGACCCAAAAGUGGGUGGCGAAAAGCUGGUCCAAAAAGUAAAUAUUUCAUGCGCAUCUGAUGUUUGACAUGUCUUUUAUUUUGAAAAGUAGCUUAUUUUGAAAGGCACGUGUUAUGCUGUGGUCCUCGGUUUCUUCAUAAUGUGGCCUGAAGGCUGUAAAAAUACGUUUUUAUUUUUUUAAAUUAUUAUUUUGGUCUUUAUUUUGUGCAAUUUGAUGUUUGAUAUUUUCUGUAUAUGCAACUUCAGUAGUUGUUCUCAGUUCACAUGCUCUAAAAUGCACUUUAUCCGAUAAAAGAUGUGCAUUUUUGUUAAAGAUUAGAGUCUUUAAAAUGUUUUUUGUUUUAAUGAAAAAUAAAUUUACUUGGUUUGAAUUUUAUAAAAGUAGGUCACGACUUAAGGACCAUGGGAAAAUUUGGGUCCCAGAGUGAGACCAGUUGAGAACCACUGCCCUACAGCAGCUCAGCAAGCAGACUCCAGCAGAAGUGGCAUGUUGCAUUUUUACAUUAAUACCUCUUAACUUAUCGGAAAGCACCAAGAACGAAAUAUAAUGAAACACAAAUCGCAAGUUAUUGUCAAAAGUUUUCAGGAGAUAGUUGCCUAUUAUGCUUUUUAUGUUUACGAGUUAAGGUUAGGGUUAUGCUUGUUAUGUUUAUCAGUUUUUAUCACUAUAUAUUUAUAUUUUAGGGCAUGUAUUGCAACCUAUUCAAGUGAUUUGAACAGGCAGAUUUCCGAGGAACAUACGGACAUAAACAACAACAACAACAAAAAAAUCACCUUCUUUUUCAUGUCUGUUCCUUGCAGCUUUGCAGUCUCUGACCCGAUAUAAUGAAACUACAAACUGGCACAAGAAACUGACACCAGAGCAGUAUGUAGUCACAAGAGAGAAAGGGACAGAGGAGGUGAGUACUGUAUACUGUCUUUAUGCACAGCAGUACAGUAAUGUAUGUCAGACCAGCAUUAUCUCAGUCUGACCCACAUGUUAUCUCAUAAACUGCAGCCAAGGUGGACUCUGUUCAGCACUGUAUUGUUGAACCUGAGACAGGGUCAACCAGUGCAGAUAUGUAGUCACUGUAAUACACUUUACAAAUCAUUAGCUUGAAGACAAAACAAAUAACAUUGUAACUUCUCAAAUUAUUACUCCUGCACCUCUUUCUUUAAUACUGUGUGUUUUUCAGCCCUUUAGUGGGAUCUACCUGAACCAUUAUGAGGUGGGGAUGUAUCACUGCAUUUGCUGUGACUCUCCGCUUUUCAGGUAACGUUUAAAAGAAAGAUGUUAAAGGAGCACAAAAACAUACACUAUGUUUUUCUAUACAUACAUGUAGUGACCAUUUUUACCGCAAUCAUGUUUGAUAAAAACUAAAAGCAAGGAGGAUAGACAAGCCAAAGAGAAGCAAUUGUUCUCUUUUCUUUGUAAGAUGGUUUUAGAGAGAUGUUGUAGUUGAAACUCAGUUGGUGAAUGUCUCUUCCCCUCUAGUUCAGAGGCUAAGUAUGACUCUGGGACUGGCUGGCCUGCAUUCAAAGAGGCUCAUGGGACAUGGGAGAGGGAUGAAAGCCACGCCUCCAUCAUUCGUCGCCCAGACAACAGCCUGGGAACCGCAAGUACAGAGGUCCUUUGUAAAAAUGUGAGUAGUGGUCUGAGCUUUUAGGACAAAGUUCAAAGUACUAGUUUUCUUUGACUAUUUACCAUAUAUGUUUGCUGUACAAUUGUAAAAGUCAAACUUUUUAUUUUGUAUUUAGAAAAAUGAAAUAAUGUGCUUUUUAAAUUCCCAAUAACUCUGGUGUUCAUAUGCUUUGUUUGAUGCAGUGUGAUGCCCACUUGGGCCAUGUGUUUGAAGACGGGCCGGACCCCACAGGUCAGCGGUUCUGUAUCAACAGUGUGGCGCUCACAUUUAAACCCAGAGAGGACCACAAGCCUGAGAUGCCCGAAGAAAAGUGAGGAGUCAAAUGGACCCUUUCUAAACUACCAAACAUAUCCUAAAUGUGUGUUUCAGUGCAAGGCAAAAUGACGAUCCAGAGUUGAAACUUUUGCUCUGUAUAUGUCCAGUGGUUAAAUGACCCAAGUGGCACAUGUGGCAAAAGGAAUAGAUGAGGUUUAUUAUACUAAAUAAAUCUCAGCCUGUUGUUCAGAACUUCAAAUAAAUGUACCGGAGAGAAGUCUACAAAUCCAACCAAGUAUAUUGUUAUUCUGAUUGCUGAGAACUUUUUGUGACUUAGAAACUUUGUGUGCGAUGAAAGUAAUUUGAUCAAAAGUGCAGUUGGAAUGAUAAUUUGACACGGUGGCUAACCCAGUGAUGUUACAACAAAAAAAAGAAGAAGAAAAUAUGGUCACUAAUCACCUUUAAUUUGUUUGACUUGUGUUAAUAUUAAAAUACAAAGGAACACACUGUACCUGAACUAUGUAGACCUGUUGUUUUGUUCAGCAGGGAUUUCAAAACACUGGAAGUCAUGAGAUUGCUUCACUGUAUUUGUUUUUUUUCCCCAUUUGUAGAUCAAACUGAUGAGACUUGUAAUUUGUUAAUAAAUGUUUAAGAUAUCCUCUGC